UGUCAGAAACUUGCAUUUGCCCACGUCCUAAUUCACCAUGGCCGAUCACCUAUAAAACGCAAGCCUGAGCGAGUUUUGGCCUCCAACAGGACAAAGUUCUCUUCUACCUUCUUCCUCUUCUUCUUCUUCUCUUUUCACUGUGCAUACCCUGCACCAUAGAGAAUCUAUUCCCCAAGAACAAAGAUGGCAGCGGAAGAGACGACCCGGAACAAUUACGCCCCGUUCACCGGCUAUGACCAAGCAGACGACUUCGACGACGAGCUGAGCACUGUAACCACGCCUGCUGUUUAUUUAACUGGCCAUGCCAACGAGGCCAGAUGCCACAACGCGAGCCAGCGGAUGUCAGGCCUCCCGCUCGAGUCGGAAGGCGAGGACGCGGACGUGGAGCCGUCGUCGGGGGACGAGGAGUCGAAAGGCGCAGCCACGGGUGGCGGCGUGCUUCCGGACGGGACGGACAAGGAUGAGGAGGAGGAGUCAUCGGGCAUGGGAGUGGCGUCGAUGCCCGGGACACCGGCCCGGGGCCUGGUCGGCAGACCGGAGUGGCUCAAGGAGUACGCGAGCGAGACGGAGGCGCGCGGCCGAGGGCGGCGGCGGCGGCACCACCACCGGCGGUACCGGCAGACGAGGGAGCGGUGGCUGGAGCGGACGUGGCAGCUGAAGAAGAGCCACGCGGCAGCGGAGGACAGGUCGGACGCGGGCGCGGCGGCGGAGUGCCGGGUGAUGGUCCGGUCGCGGUGUGGGUCCGGGCGGAUGUGCAUGGACAUGGAGGAGAUGAGGGCGUGCCGGGACCUCGGCCUGGACUUGCCGUCGGAUUGGACGGUAGAGAUCCAGGGAACGUUCUCCGAUCUGACGGCCGACACCAGCAGCGGCGGCAAUUCCCCCGUCAACUGGAGGAUCUCCAGCCCAGGAGACGACCCCAAGGAUGUGAAGGCCCGGAUCAAAGUUUGGGCUCAAGCGGUGGCGCUCACAUCCGCCUCUCGUCUCGGUGGCUGAAACCACAUCCCUUGUAGUAGUAGUUGUCGUCGCAGAGUUCGUUCAUGGGGCAUAGCAGCGGCGGCAUUUGAGCUUUGUGUGAGGCAGUAGCAGUUUGGGUUGGCAGCCCAUCAUCAUCGUCAUCAUCAUCAUCUCAGCGUUGUCGGAGCGAUGCUCCAUGGAGCUUCUCCUCCUCUCUGUAAAUAAUGCAUUGGACAUGCAGGAAGUGCUCCUUCUCUUCCCUGUAAAUAA